AUGUCUGACAUGAGGCCCUUCUCUGAGAUCAUCUUGUAUGCUAAUGGGGGUGUGUCGGGUUCUGUUGACCAUGAAAUUGAUCGCUUUCUAGGCCCCGUUAAUGACGACAAAGAGAAACCUAUUCUCAACGGGUUCAAGGAUGUUGUUAAAUCUGCUCUGAUGGCCUUCCUCGGGCAGGCUAGAGGUGUCGAAAGUACACACGAGGAAUACUUCAUCUACAUAAUCCACAACAGCCUUAUGCGGGUGGACCUCAAGUUCUUCCGCUGGGACUUCACCAGCUCUGGGAUGUCACGCGCACACAAGAGCUGUUUCGGAUACUUUGCCUGUCUCUCCAAUGUGUCAGACGACUUCGUUUAUAUCCUGAGCGAAUCCGUCAACCUACGACCAAGCCCGGGCCGGGAAGUCAACCAGGUUGCCCGCAGCCACACAUCGAGAUACGUGAACUAG